AUGGCUCCCACUGAGAGCCCACAGAACAGGCAUGUACCGUUGCUACCUUUCAUCAUCGCUUUACUGCUCGUUAAAUCAAAACCGAGUAACCUCUCGGGUUCUGACUUUCGCAAGCAGAUGGCUUCGUACAUCGAAAACGGGCCUCGCUCAAAUCAUUCUCCGGAGGUCGACGCUCAUGUCAACAUCAGGGCAUUCUGGCAUAAUAGAUCUAAUCAAUUGGAGGAGGAGAAGGCUACUUUCGAAGCUAAAGUGUCUCAACUUCAAGCUAAAGUAUCUCAACUCCAAGCAAGAGUCUCUGAGUUGGAAGCGAGAGAGAUUCUAUGGAAGUCGAAGAGCCCUGAGGUAGAAGACUUGGCUCGAUCGCAAAAACUCAAGCGGAGGAGGGAUGGCGAGCCAGCCGAGAAGCCUAGCAGAAGUACGAAGCGCGCAAGGAGAAAGAUUAGCGCAGUGGCUUUGAAUACGCGAGAUGCAGUGCUCCAAGAUCUUAUUAGUAAUGAGACUGGCUCUGAAUGGGACGAGCUUGGAAACAAUCUUCUGAACAGUCUCCGAAAUCUUCAAGGAAGCCCGAUAGCGAGAAAGGGGAACCCGUUAGGGCCGAAAGACCUCGCCUUGAAACUAUCCACUAUCGCCACCGACAUAUGCCGCCAGGUGUCUGCGAUCGAUCUUCCCGCCAAUCUUCACGAAGUCCCUAGUACUACACUUCUCGGCCCCACCCCAAGAUCGAAGAAGCAGUUGGUUACCUAUCCUCAAACAGAGCCUGAAGAUAUCAUUGAGCAACGCCUCACCCCAAUUGGACGAACAUUGCCUCACUUCUUGGUCCAUCUUCGCACUCUCAGCCAGAUUUCUGGGAGUGAAAACCUCUAUAGACAAGUUGAAGACAGAUUCAUCGACGCCUUCCGUGUGCUUUUCCAGCGUAUCUGUGACUUAGCAGUCGCUGAUGUGAAGUCGAACCAAGACAGGCCUAGGACCACGAAGUGGGAUGGUGGCCGGAAAAAGCAACCUGGUACGAUUCCUCUCGACGAGAGACCAGCCACAUCACCAAUCAUUAUGAAACUUUGCAAGCUCGCGAUAUCCAUGCUGUUCCAUCUGGAUCCCAUACAGUCCACACAUAAGUCGAUCCUUGAACGUUGCCUUUACCUUCUAGUUACACGAGUGGGAGAAGUGCUUAAGGCCUUUACCAUUGGAGAAAGACCGUUUGGGAUUCAGGAAGAUAAUACGACAUCGAGGCAUGACCCGUCUCCUCAAGAAGGACAACAGCUCAAAAUUACCAGUGCAGCAAGCGAGGUAGAAGCUUCUGAAGCUCAGGCCCCCUAUCUCAUCUGGAUAUUGGACCGCACCCAGCGAUUCAGCUCAAGCGUGAGCUCCCCAACCAAGGCAACCAUUACGUCUCACGAUGUUCAUCGGCGAAUUGAAAUAGCCCAACCAGACAGCUCACAUAGCACCACAUACGACGACGCCCGCAUCCGGCUCCAGCACACCUUAUUGAACGCCCUAUUUGGGCCCGCCGCUCGCUUUGAACCUGCUUUGGAGUCUCCACAUGCCCUGCCAGAUGACGAGCUCAUGACCGGCUUUGAGACGCAAUCCGAAACGGCAGACGUCAGGGAUUGGUUCAAGAAUGAGGUGUGGCGACUCAUAGGGUGGGACGUGCUAAGGGGAAACAUAGCAUGUGACUAA